AUGCGUACAGUGGUCUUUCUUCCACCGCCAACGCUUGCAAAGUUCGACCUAAAUCCUUGCCCUGUUACUUUCCAAUUCGAUUUGGGUACUGUUCGCAACCACAUGCCAUCUACACAAGUUUAUCAUCGACCUGGUGGGAAUGAUAAACAGACUGCAGCAGAAACAGCAAAGGAGGACGGCUGGGUGGAGGCUGUGCAGGUGGUGCCGGAUUCCGUAGACCCUGUCUUCCCAACUCUCGAAAUCGAUGCGGAAGGGGAGUGGGAAGAGUCGAUAGCAAAAUCAAUCGUCCGAGAUGCACCACCCGGCGUUCCGUGGGAAGUCUUUCACCCACAACCAUCUCCACCAGUACUCGUACCUACGAUCGCAGAUGAGACCCAUCCAGUCGACCCUCGUGCGGAAAAGGAAGAAGGGAGGGGAAGCGGGAGGAAGAAGGUUAGGAUCGAGUCUCCCGUACUCGUGAUUGAAACACCGGAACGCAAUCCUGCCUCUGUUUCUAUAAGGGCCAGCCAAACUUUUGGAGAGGUGCAAGGUCAAGUUGAUCCAAGUCGCGUCCAUGUAGAUGCGGCCGAGUCAAUCCACGGGGAGGAGGAGGAGGAGGAGGAGGAUGGUGGUGUGGAUAAAAGUAGAGUGAAUGUUGGAGAUGAUAGUGCGGAGUUAAGUUCAAGUGAAGAUGGUACGAGGUUAUUGCAUCGAUCGCUUCGGCUCGGUUUUGCUGGAAUUGCCGCAAGUGCAGUCCCAGAUGCAGCAAGGGACCAUGUAGAGAGGAUGGUGGAGGCAGAGAGUUCAAACAAUGCAUCCGAGUCCUCGCUUCAGAUCAGAGUGCCUGUUGCUGCAUUUCGCCCAGCAGCGACAGCAACAGGAAGAGGACGAGUUGGACGAGCAGGGCAGACUUGCAAGUUUAGCUUCUUUUCUAAACCUUCCUCCCGCUCAACCACUUCUUUCGUCCUAGCUUCGGCUGCAGAGCGACCACCACCAAUCGCCGCCCCAAAGCAGGAUGGAUCGAAGGCUGCACAGAUCCCUUCGGCCAUAGCCUCAGCAGAAGCGAGGAUUGAAUUGCCAGAAAUGAAUGACCAUAACGCAACCCUAGCUUUUUCCCUCCCUUCCUCCUCCACCCCCUCCCACCCUUCCCAUCUAGACUCGAUGUUAGCCGGCCAAUCAAUCCUCCCCCCACCCACCCUCCAUUUCACCCUGUCAUCCAUCACCCCCGUCUCGCGCAUCCUUUCCCACCCGUCACACUUUCUCCCUUCCUCCCACUCCCGACCGGGGAUGGUUGCUAGUGCGAUACCCGGUGCAAUAAGCCACAAAGUCAAUCUACUCGUUGUGGUCAAACAAGUGGGCCAAGUGACAAGGGUGCGGAACAAAUACCCCGUGGAUAAACCGAAAGAUAACCUCCUGGCCAAGAUUGGAAUCGGUAGAGCAGAGACAAGAGGUCGAUCGAGCAGCGCUUUUACUGAAGCCAUAAGGAAUGAGAACAUGGCACAAGCGGGUUCGAUUGCGGAUGGCAAGACCGAGAGGGUUGAAUUGAUUGUCAUGGAUGGUAGAAUGUCUUCUAUUAGGCGUCUUUUGCCCUCUGAUUCCCAAGAGGGAGAGGGAGGUGGGGAGGGGGGGAGGGUGAGCGUUGUUGAAGAGGCUGCUGAGAAGUGCUACUUCAAAGUCGUGCUUUGGGGAAAAUUGGCUAGGGAAUGGACUACAGACCCUCCUUCUCCGCCAGCACGACCAGAAGAGGCAGGGGUACGGGAAGGUAACGAAUCAUCUCUCCUCCUCACCCAUCAUCUCUCUCGCACCACCCCAUCAGAAACUAGCAACACAACAGCACUUAGACCAGGAGACGUAAUCCACCUGGAAAACCUAAACCUCACUCGCACCACCCCUUCCAACAACACCGAUUCUCUAACCACACACAAACGUUCUCGACUCGGAACAGGCUUUCCUCCACGUGACGCAUACCAACCACAGCAACACGAAACCUCGGUAUUGACAGCUCAAGCUUCAAAUGCCAACUCAAGCCGAAUCGACCUUUGCUACCGUAGCGAUGUACAGGACAAGGCGAGGGAUGGUAGAUGGAAUUUUCAUCCCCAUAUUGCACAAUUCGAUUUCAAAAGUCGCAGGAUAUUGGAGUUGAGUAACUUAUGGAACUCUUCCAAUCAAAAAUCCUAUUGA